AUGUCAGACUCUAGUAAACAGGAAGAGAAGCCUAUGGGCGAGCACGAGCAGGAUCUUGACCGCGAGCAUGACAACGAGCACGAGCAAGAACAUGAGCAUGAGGCUGGAACCGAGAUGUCAGCGGCUGAGGAGGAAGAAAUCACUGCCAUGAAGCGCCGCGUGGCAGAGAUGGAAGAGGAGGCUAAGAAGCUUCGCGAAAUGCAGUCCACUCUAGAGCAGCAGUCUGCCGACCUUGCGGAUGACAAGGAGUCCAUCGAUGCGCGCAGCAUCUUUGUCGGCAACGUCGAUUAUUCAGCUUCUCCCGAGGACAUCCAGGGCCAUUUCCAGAGCUGCGGCUCCAUUAACCGAGUCACCAUCCUUCUUGACAAGUUUACAGGUCAACCAAAGGGCUACGCCUAUGUCGAGUUCACCGAGCCGAGCUUGGUUGCGCAGGCUCUUGUUCUCAACGAGAGCGUGUUCAAGGGUCGCAACAUCAAAGUGACUCCCAAGCGCACCAACGUCCCUGGCAUGAGCCGCGGCCGCGGUCGCGGUGGUGGUUUCCGCGGUGGCCGAGGUUUCCAGGGUGGUGGUCGAGGCAGCUUCCCUCGAGGCGGUGGUUAUCGCGGUGGCUACCGUGGUCGCGGACGAGGCUUCGCCCCCUACUAG